AUAAUGGAGAUUCCAGCUGUCCAUGGAAGAUUUGAGGCUGAUAUUUUUGCUCACCGACCUCAAUCUCAGAGACAAAAGUUUUGUCCAACGAAUUUCAUUUUUGAAUUCUGAUUUUGAAUAAAUCCGAGAUUCUUUCUUCUUCCAAGAAUGAAGGGACCAUAGAAUCGUCCAAGACUGUUGAAACUUGAAAGCUUUCCAAUUUUGCUCAUCUGGGUUUCUCGAUUGAUCGUUAAUCAGCGAUGGAGGCAGAGAAAUCCAAGAAAAAUCCGGUUAAGAAGCCCGUAGAGGCAACAAUGGAGCAUGUGUUGGUGGCAUUACGAGAGACCAAGGAGGAGAGGGAGACCAGAAUUCGAAAACUGUUCGAAUUCUUCGACAAUUCGAAGUUAGGGUUCUUAGACGAUACCCAGAUCGAGAAAGGUUUGUCUUCGCUUAGUAUUCCUCAAAAUUAUAGGUACGCUAGUGAUUUUCUUAAAGUCUGCGACGCGAAUCGAGAUGGGCGUGUGGAUUACCAGGAGUUUCGUCGUUACAUGGACUCUAAGGAGCUUGAGCUCUACAAGAUCUUCCAGGCCAUUGAUGUCGAACACAAUGGCGACAUUUGUCCAGAAGAGCUUUGGGAGGCUCUUGAUAAAGCUGGCAUUAAAAUUAAAGAUGAGGAACUCGCUUCUUUUAUGGAGCAUGUUGAUAAGGACAACAACGGAAUUAUAACUUUUGAAGAGUGGAGGGAUUUUCUUUUGCUUAACCCUCAUGAAGCCACAAUUGAAAACAUUUAUCAUCACUGGGAAAGAGUAUGCUUAAUUGACAUUGGGGAACAAGCUGUUAUACCAGACGGUAUAAGUACACACGCUCAAAGAAGCAAAUUACUUCUCGCUGGAGGAAUAGCAGGAGCUGUUUCUAGAACCGCGACUGCGCCUCUGGACCGUCUGAAAGUUGCUUUGCAAGUUCAACGUACAAAUUUGGGCGUUGUCCCGACCAUUAAGAAAAUAUGGAGAGAAGAUAAGUUGUUGGGUUUCUUCAGAGGUAAUGGGUUAAAUGUAACGAAAGUCGCUCCUGAAAGCGCCAUAAAGUUUGCUGCUUAUGAAAUGCUUAAAUCCAUAAUUGGGGGAGUGGAUGGUGACAUUGGUACAAGCGGGAGGCUUUUGGCUGGUGGAUUGGCUGGUGCAGUGGCUCAAACAGCUAUUUAUCCUAUGGAUCUCGUGAAGACUCGGUUACAGACUUUUGUGAGUGAAGUUGGGACACCAAAGCUGUGGAAACUCACGAAGGAUAUUUGGAUUCAAGAAGGACCCCGAGCUUUUUACAGGGGUCUUUGUCCUUCUCUUAUUGGGAUUAUACCUUACGCAGGAAUUGACCUUGCUGCUUACGAAACUCUUAAAGACUUAUCAAGGUCACAUUUUCUUCAUGACACUGCCGAGCCAGGUCCUCUCAUACAACUGGGAUGUGGAAUGACGUCUGGAGCUCUUGGAGCAUCGUGUGUUUACCCAUUACAGGUCAUAAGAACAAGAAUGCAAGCUGAUAUCUCAAAAACUAGCAUGAUCCAAGAGUUUCUGAAAACGCUAAGAGGCGAAGGUCUAAGAGGUUUUUACAGAGGAAUCUUCCCCAACUUCUUCAAAGUCAUUCCUUCCGCAAGCAUUUCGUACCUUGUCUACGAAGCUAUGAAGAAAAAUCUGGCCCUUGAUUAAAAAAAAAUAAGCAAGAAACCUAAUGUUGUGUUCACGGAGAGAUACAGUAAAAACUCCUUGAUGAUGGCGAAAAAAAACUUGAGCUUUCCGGUUUUUUUUGUGGAUUCGGUAAAGGUCAUUUCGGAGUGUAGAAAACUAAAAUUGUAACCUGAUCUGAUUGAUUCUUCUUCACAGUUUGGUGAGUCCAUAAAGAGUUAUUUCUUAAGCAGAAAGUUUCCCGAGAAAAUAGUUUUAAUGCAAAAAUCGUUCGUCACUGAAA